AUGAAGCGCAGACAGGUAAAAGUCUUCAAGGUGGUGAAGAAACCCAGAACAUUUCACGGAGAUAUUGAAGAAACUCCUUAUAAGUAUGCUUCAGUGAAAGAUGUCAAUGAUAGACAACCCAAGAAUUGGUCUUCGAUAUAUAAUGGAAUAGUUGAGAUGAGGAAGUUAUUUAAAUGUCCUGUUGAUAUGAUGGGAUGUGAAUCCAUUCCCAAUACCAUCACUCCCAACCUAUCAGUGAAUGAUCCCCAAAGAUACAGAUUUCAACUUCUUCUUUCUUUGAUGCUUUCAUCUCAAACUAAAGAUGAGAUCAAUUAUGAAGCCAUGUUAAAGUUGAAUAACGAGUUGAAAGGUACCAAGGGAUUAACUAUUGAUGGGAUCUUAUCCCUUGAAGAUGCUAGACUCAACGAACUCAUAUUCCAGGUGGGUUUCCAUAAUCGUAAAACAGGUUAUAUCAAGAAAGCUUGUGAAAUCUUGAAAGCACAAUAUGAUAACGACAUACCAAAGACUAUCGAAGAGAUAGUCAAAUUACCAGGAGUUGGGCCUAAAAUGGGAUACCUCCUCCUACAAAAGGGAUGGAACAAAAAUGAUGGUAUUGGUGUGGACGUUCAUUUGCAUAGAUUGGCCAUAAUGUGGGGAUGGGUGAAGAAUUCCCUGAAUCCUGAAGUUACUCGUGCUCAGCUUCAAGAUUGGUUACCCAAAGAACAUUGGGGUGAUGUCAAUCCAUUACUAGUUGGAUUUGGUCAAGUCAUUUGUACUCCACAGUUCAAAAACUGUGACAUUUGUUUGUUAGGGAGAGAUAAGAUAUGUAAAGCUAGAAACCAAAAAAUGAUAAAUCAACCACUAUCGGAGAAAAGAAUCGAAAAACUUCAAUCCUCAAGGGGUGAACUUAAUCAAUUGAUAGAUUUCAUACAGUCCAGAGAAAACAAGAAUGAAGAUGAUAAAGAACAAGACAUUAAAGUUGAGAUCAAAGAAGAGAUCAAGACUGAAAUCAAGGCCGAGACUAUAGAGAAUUCCAUUAAAGUUGAACGAACUGAACAAAUUCAAACCAGAACUAGAAAAUCCCGUCAUAAAAUCAAACUUGAGUCUUCAGACACAUUAAAUUCGGAAGCCAAUAUCAAAGUUGAAGGAUAA